AUGACAAUGAACUUGAGAGGUUUAUUGACUACCAAGCGUCUAACGCAUCCGUUGCAGUUCUGCGAGCUCAUUAAUCCUAAGUAUGCCUACCUAGGAGGAAAGAAUAGGCCACCAGAGGAUGUUACAAUCGUAGCUGGGAGUAUCAAGAACGGGUCCGGAAGUGAUAACAUGACGAACGUUAUCUUGAUUAACACUGAGGAAUGGCCUGGUCAAUUGCAUAUGUCGGAGUUGCAGCUCAGUACAGCAGCUGUCAUUGUGAAUGCCAACGCCAGAAAUGGGGUGCACGUGGAAGAUCUUGAGGAAGCUUCAAUUCGGGCGCGGAAAGCAAAACCAAAAGGGCAACGCGCGAUCCACAACGCCAGAACAAAGAAUAUGUAUCUAACGCCAGAGGAACAUGUGGUCAUGAAUCCAGAGGGAGGUAUUCGGCUUGCUAAAGGUCUGCAGUAUACGGCUGAAGGUGUUACUUCAGUCUGGAUACUCCAAAAGCAAGAGGAGCCAGCCGAUACCCAGGAGGGACCUGUCCUACGAAAGGAAUUAGCCAUUUUUCACUCAAAGGACGAUCAUGCCGUGACUAAAUGGCCAGAAGACGAGGUAGAGGGUAUAUCACGCGGACGACGAGGGUGGGAGCCAAGAAUUCAAGAGCUUAUUCCGAAUCUCGAUGGAAGGCGUGAUACGUGUACCCGAGAAGACUAA